AUGGCUGCCGUGUCGAGGACGACUUGCUUCCUGGUUGUCUGGACAAUAUUUUUAACAGCACACAUGUCCAUCUGCUGUAUGGAAGGUGACGGUUAUUUUGGCUGGCAAUGUGACAAUGUGACUGGGUGUUUCUGUAAACAAGGACAGAGAUGUCAACAGACUCUAGGAACAUGCCCUGAACACUGUGUGGACAACCCCUGGGGAAUAGGAUGUCAAGAUGAAUAUAUCAACUUAGCUCAUGGAAAGCCAGCCACACAGUCGAGUACCUACAGUGAAGGUGGCGUGAGAUACCCAGCAGAUCUUGCAGUGGAUGGAGACAACAGCACAGAUAACCUGAAAUGUACAAGAACAAACUACUCAGACGAUCCCACCUGGAGUGUGGACCUGGAGGGCUUAUAUGUUGUUCGUAGCGUCGUUUUGAUUAAACCCACUAGAUUUGCUGACAUAUGUCAGUUCCAAGGUGUCUGGCUCUGCAUUAACAACAACACAGUACAAGAGACUGGAUGCAGAGAUAGUGUACAAAUAAAAACCUGGGUCCUGAAUGCAGAAACCGCUGUAACUGUAGAGAUAGCAAUGAACAGUGUCACCCCGUGUAUGGAGUCUGUACAUCUGGCUGUGCUGAAGGAUGGCAGGGACAUAAUGGGACAUGUCAAGUCGGGGAUGAACCAAGAUAUCCAUAGAUGCGACGGGUUUGCAAAAUUGACCGUGCGAUAUGAAGGAGAAUUCAACAGUGGUACAACAGACGUGCUGCAAGUCAAAGAAACACAGCUGAUUACCAUUACCAACCUCACAACAUAUAGUAAAUACACCAUCUACCUGACAGCAGUUAACAACUUAUAUCUGCAAGGGCCACCAGUGAUUGUGAUGCAUACUACAGCUGAAGGGAUUCCAUCAAAGAUGGCGGCACCAGAGGUGACAUCUACUGGAGACAGUUUCAUAGAGAUAACCUGGCGUGCGCCGUCCCCUCCAGGUGGCGUUAUCGUCAGUUACGAGAUAUCGUACACUCAACAGUCCAGUCUAUGGAAUGAUACGGUGACUACUGCAGACAGUUCUAGUAUGUAUAUUGUCGAUUUGCAGUUCAAUUCCACCUACGUGAUUCGAAUCCGCGCCAAAACAGCUGUCGGGUAUGGCGAAUAUAGUGAUGCAAUUCAGGCAACAACGGAUACAGAAAAAGCGUCUUCGGUUCCUGCCACAGGUAUAAAUGGUGGUGCUGUAGCAGGAGGUGUGUUGGGGGUUCUGGUCCUGGUGGUGGUAUUUGUGGUUGUUGUUCUCAUAUACAAAAGAAGGCGACGCCCUCAAGAGCUUGAUCAAGUUGAGGCCUUUUCUGAAUUGCAGAGAAAAGAAGAUCUAGAUGACCAUGUAUAUGAAUCUCCGGUUCAAGUUAUGUAUGAAAACACGGAAGACGAGCAUCUCUAUAGCAGCAUCAAACAAAACACAGAAAUCUCUGUCGAGAACAUUUAUGAGGUCAUGAAAUUGAAAGCCAGAUAUAUUCUUCACGGCGAAUAUCAGAAAUUUCCUCUCACACUGAAAUACCCUUGUGAAGUCGGUCAAAAACGAGAAAAUAAACUAAAGAACAGGUUCAGGAACACCAUUCCUUACGACCAUAAUCGAGUUGUAUUAGACCUUUUGCCAGAUGAUCCCAACUCUGACUACAUCAACGCUAACUAUAUUGAUGGGUAUAAUAGGCCACGAGCAUUCAUUGCUGCACAGGGUCCAAAAUCAAACACCGUAAAUGACUUCUGGCGGAUGGUAUGGCAAGUCAAGUCUCCACAAAUUGUAAUGUUGACGAAAACUGUAGAAAUGGGCAAGCAAAAAUGUGAGCAGUACUGGGCAGACGAAGGAAUGAAACAGUUUGGCGAAAUACAAGUCACAACGCUAGAUGAAGUCCAAGGACAGGACUUUUUUGUACGAAAUCUGCAGUAUUGUAAAGUAGGUCAUCCGACAGUCCACACUGUCAAACAGUUCCACUUCACUGGUUGGCCUGAUAACGGCGUACCUAUUGACCCGACGGCUUUGGUAAAAUUCCGAGAGGAAGUUGAGAAGCAUGACAUCCUAGUUGAGGGCCAAGGACCAGUCGUUGUGCACUGCAGCGACGGGGUUGGCAACACUGGUACUUUUAUCGCACUGGACUAUCUGUUUGAACAAGCGCUGGCGGAGGGAAAGGUGGACGUAUUCCGACUCGUUCAGUCAUUGCGAGCAUCUCGGCCGAAAAUGGUACAGACAAAGGAGCAAUAUUACUUCAUACAUGACACAUUGUUGGAAGAGUUGCAUUGUGGCAUUACCUUCAUAAGACUACAGGAUCUUGCCUCUCGUUUGAGAAAACUGAGACAAAGGAACAAGACUGGACUGACCAAAAUGGAAGAAGAGUUUGCUGUACUGGGCCUCAUGCUGCCUGAAAUAGAAGAAAGUUCCACAAAGACUGCCCUGGAGCCCAUCAACAUUGGCAAAAAUAGAGUGACUAAUAUUGUAGCAGGCAACCACUGCAGACCACGCCUUACAUCAUACGCGGAGGACAGCACUGAUUACAUUAAUGCAGUGUUCAUAGACGGAUACCAACGCCAAAAUUCCUAUAUCAUCACGCAGAUGCCUCUGCCUCAUACGAUCGUUGACUUCUGGAGUAUGCUGUAUGACCAACAAUGUGCGACUAUAGUUAUGCUGAAUGAACUUAAUGACGAUAGCAAGACAAGUGGUGUGUACUGGCCAACAGAGAAGAUGACAUCUUACGGUCCUUUUAAUGUAGAAAUGACCUCCACGCGCCAGAGCGGGAAACGUAUUACCGUUAGAGAGUUGAGGGUGACCAAUUCUAAGGACGUGAGUACAAUUUCUAUAAUUAUGUAA